CUGUCAUACAAGUGUUGUAGAGAGAAUCGUUUCUGUGUUACCAAUAUUGGUAUUUAUGGUCGAUGGGGCAAGUAACUAUAACCCAAGAUCGGAGAGCCGCCCAUGAUUAUAGAUUUCAUACAUUACAGAAUAUUUAGCGGCAUAGUACUUGAUACAGCUCCGUACUAAAAUCUAAACUAAGUCCUCAGUUCGUGGACAUAACUUUGAAUAAACAUUUUCAUACUGUUAUUAUAAUAAUUUGACUUCAUAAAAUGGCGUCUUCUCAAGGAAAACAUAUGCCCAAAGACACACAAAUUAUUGUGUCGAUUAUGAAAGAUUUGGGAAUAACUGAUUAUGAUCAACAAGUUUUAAAUCAUCUUUUGGAGUUUAAUUACAGAUAUACAACACUACUUCUGGACGAUGCUAAGACAUUUUCAAACUUUGCAAAGAAAAAGAAUGUUGAUGCUGACGAUGUAAAAGUUGCAAUACAAUUGGCUCAAGACGGAAUAUUUUGUCGACCUCCUCCGCGUGAUGUAUUAAUGACUGCAAGUCGCGAAGUAAACAAAAUACCAUUACCUCCAGUGAAGCCUGCCAGUGGACUGCGAAUUCCUCAUGAUCGUUCUAAUUUCUUGCAAACAAACUACAGGCUUAGGAAUGAUUUGUACUCUGGAGGAAAUAUGCGUAAAGCAGACACUAAAACAACAGCUGCAGAAAUGUUGGAGGCAUCUAGAAAAAUUGAAAUUGAAGAUAAUGCCUAUCCAUCAUCCAGUCAAAUGAUGAACAAUUCAAUGGAGUUUGAUUUGCAAGAAAUGAUGGAAAACCGUCAGAGUAGUCAAGAAAGCAUUGUAGAAAAUGAUAAGGAUGAACUUAUGGAUGCUCAGGCAUAUCAAAACCGUUCAUUUUCUGAUAUUGCACUUGAUGAUGCUGUUGAAAAACAACUCAAUGAUAUGUAAUUUAUUACGGCUUAAAAUAUUAUAAAAAUUUAAAAUAAUA